AUGCUCUCCUCACUGGCUUUCCUUAGCAGUCCAUUGCUCCUAUCCACAAAGUGGACAGACUACCGUCGUCUCAUCACCAUCGGUCUGGGCUUUUCCUUACUGGGCGACUUCUUCCUUAUCCCUUCGCACCAUGAAUUCCAUGGCUUGAACAAAACCCCAUCUGCCAAAUCCGAAGCAAAAUCAGAAGGAAAUGUAUCCAUAUCUUUCCAGCUCGGUAUCCUCGCCUUCGCAGCGGCUCAUAUAGCCUACACUAUGGCCUUCCUGCAGGAUUCCAGCGACACCUCCUGGACGACGUUUGCCGUCAUGUUCGUAGGGACUCUGGGCGCUGCAAGAUGGUUGGGGGUCAUAUAUCCCCCGCCACGUUUCUCUCUCCGGAACAAUGUACUGGACCUCGCUGUUGCUCCAGAUAUGAAGCCGUUGGUUUCGGUUUAUGCCGUUAUCAUCGGUACGAUGUUUGCCGCUGCUACUUCCACCUCUCCCUUGAUCGUUCCGACGGAAUGGUGGCACUCGCGAGCCCUGGGCGCCGCUAUGUUUGUUGUAAGCGAUCUCUUUGUCGCGAAGAAUGCCUUUGGCAGAUCUUCUGCGCCGAAGGGCCGGGGCUGGCUCCGGAUCUUUGUGGGUUAUGCGCUUUAUUUCUGGGCUCAAAUGGUCAUUGCUGGAACAGUGCGAGCAUAA